GGCGGGGGCGGGACCCGACUCGCAAACUGUUGCAUUUGCUUUCCACCUCCCAGCGCCCCCUCCGAGAUCCCGGGGAGCCAGCUUGCUGCGAGAGUCGGAGGGUCCGGAGCAAGCCUGGAGGCAGAGGAGACCGAGGCAGCUGCUUCAGUGAGGGAAAAGAGCCCAAGGGACGCAACGCGUCAACCCCAGCCGUCUCUGGCGACAGCCAACGCCGCUAGGAGAGCGGCGUCUUCGAAGCCGCCGCCCCGAAGCUGCCCUUUUCUCUUCGGUGAAGUUUCUAAAAGCUGCUAGAGACUCGGAGGAAGCAAGGAAAGUGCCCGGUAGGACUGACGGCUGGCUUUGUCCUCCUCCCCUCCACCCUGCCCCCCCUUAAGGGUCUCUCGCCGGCCGCUGCCUCCGCCAGCUCCUCUCAGCCCCCUCACCCUCCCCUCCCCACUCCAGUCAGCCGAGCGCGGCCAGCGCGAGUUUGCAGAGAGGUGACUCCCUUUGGCUUCGAUCAGGCGAGCUAGCUGCACGUUGCAAAGAGGGCUCUGGGGAACCAGGAAACCGGGGAGCGUCUUCAGCACUGCAGCCGAAUCUGGCUGAUUAGGCUAUACGCAAGGCAGACCCCCAGGUUCCUCUCACUCCCUCUCCAUUUACUCCUGCACGCCGCUAUCCCCUCCCAGGAGUUUGUGGGGCAAGAGAUCAGACGAUGAAAAGGCAGUCAGGACUUCAGUAGCUCCCCAAGUCCCCCCCCCAAAAAAAAAGGAAAAAGAAAAAGGAAAAAACAAACAACCAACACAGCCACAACAGAAAAACGUAGAGCAAAACACAAAGAAAAUAACCUGGUUUCUAUUUGCACCUGCUUCAGCGGACACUGCAUUCAGAAGGCGGAAGGUUUUCCUUUUUUUUCCUUUCCUUUCCUUUCCUUUCCUUUCCUUUCCUUUCCUUUCCUUUCCUUUUUCCUUCUGUCUUUCUUUCUUUUUUUUUUUUUUUAAUUUACCCCUUCAAGAUUUGAGCAUCUUUUGAAUCUAUCCUCCAAGUAUUCAGGAACAUAUUGUGAACCUACCAGGGAAGAUCGUGUCUAGAGGGUGUUUCCUCUGCAGGAGACUUUGAGGCUGUCAGGACGCUUUGGAGUGGUUAUUCCUGCAAGUUUCCUUCCCAGGAGCUUCCCGCAGGUGGGCUGCAGAGACUACGCAUCGUAGCCUGUUGAACUCUUCUCAGCAACAGACGCGGAGACAGGAUAAAUUAGGUGGAAGAUUCUGCCAAGCUCAAGGAUGGAGGUGCAGUUAGGGCUGGGGAGGGUCUACCCCCGGCCGCCUUCCAAGACCUUUCGAGGUGCUUUCCAGAACCUGUUCCAAAGUGUACGCGAAGUGAUCCAGAACCCAGGUCCCCGACACCCUGAGGCCGCGAGCGCAGCACCUCCCGGCGCCCGUUUGCAGCAGCAGCAGCUGCAGCAGCAGGAGACCAGUCCCCGGCGGCAGCAGCAGCAGCAGCAGCAGCCGAGUGAGGAUGGCUCUCCCCAAGUCCAGAGCAGAGGCCCCACAGGCUACCUGGCCCUGGACGAGAAACAGCAGCCUUCACAACAGCAAUCAGCCCCUGAGUGCCACCCGGAGAGCGGCUGCACCCCAGAGCCGGGAGCAGCUUCGGCCGCCAGCAAGGGGCUGCAACAGCAGCCGCCAGCACCUCCGGACGAGGAUGACUCAGCUGCCCCAUCCACGCUGUCCCUGCUGGGCCCCACUUUCCCGGGUUUAAGCAGCUGCUCCACCGAUCUUAAAGACAUCUUGAGCGAGGCCGGCACCAUGCAACUUCUUCAGCAGCAGCAACAGCAGCAGCAGCAGCAGGAGGCAGUAUCCGAAGGCAACAGCAGCGGGAGAGCGAGGGAGGCCACUGGGGCUCCCAUCUCCUCCAAGGACAGUUACCUAGGGGGCAGUUCGACCAUCUCGGACAGCGCCAAGGAAUUGUGUAAGGCAGUGUCGGUGUCCAUGGGAUUGGGUGUGGAGGCAUUGGAGCAUCUCAGUCCUGGAGAACAGCUUCGGGGGGAUUGCAUGUACGCCCCACUCCUGACAGGUCCACCAUCUGUGCGUCCCACUCCUUGCGCCCCGUUGGCCGAAUGCAAAGGUUCUCUGCUGGAUGAUGGUCCGGGCAAAAGCAACGAAGAGACUGCUGAGUAUUCCCCUUUCAAGGCAGGUUACACCAAAGGGCUGGACAGUGAGAGCUUGGGCUGCUCUAGCGGCGGCGAAGCAGGAGGCUCUGGAACACUUGAGCUGCCAUCCGCCCUGUCUCUUUACAAGUCUGGAGCACUGGACGAUGUAGCAGCCUAUCCGAGUCGCGACUACUACAACUUUCCUCUAGCCCUGGCCGGGCCGCCGCCCCCUCCGCCGCCUCCCCAUCCUCAUGCUCGAAUCAAGCUGGAGAACCCACUGGACUAUGGCAGCGCCUGGGCGGCCGCGGCGGCGCAGUGCCGCUAUGGGGACCUGGCGAGCCUGCACGGCGGGGGUGCCUCAGGACCGGGCUCAGGCUCACCCUCAGCCACCUCCUCCUCUUCCUGGCACACUCUCUUCACAGCCGAAGAAAGCCAGUUGUAUGGGCCCUGUGGCGGAGGUGGGGGAGGCAGCGCAGGCGAGGCAGGGGCUGUAGCACCAUACGGCUACACUCGGCCACCUCAGGGGCUGGCUGGCCAAGAAGGCGACUUGGCGAUACCCGAUAUCUGGUAUCCUGGCGGCGUGGUGAGCAGAGUGCCCUAUCCAAGUCCCAGUUGUGUCAAAAGCGAGAUGGGCCCCUGGAUGGAGAGCUAUUCUGGACCUUAUGGGGACAUGCGUUUGGAACCUACCAGGGACCAUGUUCUCCCCAUCGACUAUUACUUUCCACCCCAGAAGACCUGCCUAAUUUGUGGAGAUGAAGCUUCUGGCUGUCACUAUGGAGCUCUCACUUGUGGAAGCUGUAAAGUCUUCUUUAAAAGAGCUGCUGAAGGGAAACAGAAGUACCUGUGUGCCAGCAGAAAUGAUUGCACCAUUGAUAAAUUCCGAAGGAAAAAUUGUCCAUCUUGUCGCCUCCGGAAAUGCUAUGAAGCAGGGAUGACACUGGGAGGUUUCCGAAACUUGCAUGUGGAUGACCAGAUGGCAGUCAUUCAGUAUUCCUGGAUGGGGCUUAUGGUGUUUGCCAUGGGCUGGCGGUCCUUCACCAAUGUCAACUCCAGGAUGCUCUACUUUGCUCCUGACCUGGUUUUCAAUGAGUACCGCAUGCAUAAGUCCCGAAUGUACAGCCAGUGUGUCCGGAUGAGGCAUCUCUCUCAAGAAUUUGGAUGGCUCCAAAUCACCCCCCAGGAAUUUUUGUGCAUGAAGGCACUGCUGCUCUUCAGCAUUAUUCCAGUGGAUGGGCUGAAAAAUCAAAAAUUCUUUGAUGAACUUCGAAUGAACUACAUCAAGGAACUUGAUCGUAUCAUUGCAUGCAAGAGAAAAAAUCCCACAUCCUGCUCAAGGCGCUUCUACCAGCUCACCAAGCUCCUGGACUCUGUGCAGCCUAUUGCACGAGAACUGCAUCAGUUCACUUUUGACCUGCUAAUCAAGUCCCAUAUGGUGAGCGUGGACUUUCCAGAAAUGAUGGCAGAGAUCAUCUCUGUGCAAGUGCCCAAGAUUCUUUCCGGGAAAGUCAAGCCCAUCUAUUUUCACACACAGUGAAGCUUUGGAAGCCCCCAUUUUCUCACCCUACCCCACUCCCUUUUUUCAAAUAUCUUCUGCCUGUUUUAACUCUGCACUACUUCUCUGCUGUGCCUUGGGGAAUUUCCUCUAUUGAUGUAUAGUCUGUCAUGAAGAUGUUCCUGAGUUGUUUUUGCUGGGCUUUUUUCCCUUUUCCUCCUUUCUUUUCUUUCCCUCCCUCCCAUGGCACUUUCAGACUCUGCUUCUGCUGUGGCUCUUAUCUGUGUUUUGAAUGCCAUUGUAUUUCUUCAAAUCUAUGAUGAUCCUCAUGUGGCACAGUGUCAAGUUGUGCUUGUUUAUAGCACUGUGCUGUGUGCCAGCUACACAAACGUUUACUCACCUAAUGCCACGUGAAGUUUAGAGAGCUAAGAGUAUCUGGGAAAACAAAAGACAAACAAACAAAAACAAAAGCAAAACUUGCUAGGAUUUUUCGCUCUUAAAAAAUAUGAAAACAAACAAAUUCCCAAAGAGGCCAACAAUAACUAGAAUAAGGUGAAAAUUGCAAGCCCAUAGGGAGUCAUUGCUUUUUUUCCCCAAACCCUCUCUGCCUGGGAGACUUUAUUUUCUGCCAAUGGCUAUUGCCAUUAGAGGGCAGGGUGACCCCAGAGCUUGCGGGAGGGGGGAGCAGAUUUAAGAGAGGACAGAGAGGACAGAUGGAUCACCAGUACCUGCCCACAGCCUUGGCCCCUGAGGGCUAGACUGCUCAACUGCAGUACAAUUUAUGGCACUGAAAAAUGUGCUUCUUGUUAGAAAACUUGUCUGUAUGUGAAUGCCUCCCCCCACCAGUCUCAUUUCUCUCUUAUCCUCUGCCUCCACCCUCAAACUGACUUUCAAUAGCCUUUCUAAGAGCUUUGAACUGAAUGUUCUCUUUAGCCAAAACUUGGCCACUUCCACUGUAGAAUCAGACCAGCGAGAAGGAGAGGAGAUAUCUGACCUUUUGGAACGCCCCAUUAUGAUCCAGGUCUGCUUUCCCAUUUAUGGCUCAGGGAGGAGCUUGGGGCUGGAGGCAAAGGAAAAGGAAGUGGUGGCUUGACUGUUCUCCUGCUUAGGGCACUGAAGAUUUGAUCCCUUUUUGCCUCUACUUUUAAAAGAACUGAAUGUUCUCUGACUGACCCCAUGCAGCUGCAAGCACCAUCCACCCUCCCUUCAGGGUUUUGUGGGCCUGAACUUCACCAGACUGUAUUACAGCCACAGUGGUGAAGCUUGUCUACUUCUUUGGGCAAGUUCACAGACUCUCUGCUAAGAACCCCCACCACCAAGAAAACUAGCAAGCCAGCAUCUUAACAUCUACACCUAGAUGCCAGUAGGCUCAAAGACUUGUUACCAAAUGUCUGUCAUCAACUAUGAGAUUUUUGGAUCUCUUAGACAAACUGGAAAAAAGGCAUCAAUGGGAUUGGACAAGCUGCGCAUCUUGCCCUCAUCCCCUAGAGAGAAUACCUUCCCAUCAAGUGGAUAAAUGCCUACUUCCUCCUUCAGAGCAACUAAAGGGGUCACACAGAUCAGGGUUGAAAAGAAAAUUCAAUUGCCAAGGUGGGAAGAAUGAAGACACUAAAACUAGAAACCCUGUAAAUGCUCUCCUUGCCACCCAGCAUAUCCACCUUCAAAAGUCAUGGGAAGAAGAGAGAAGAAAUCAAGAGGAGACUGACUACUAAAUUAAAAGUCUUCAGAAGCAAAAUCUAAAAUCAGAUGGACACCAUCUGGUGAUUUUACUCAUCGUCCUCCUCUGCUGCUGAUUCUGGGCUCUGACAUUGGCCAUAAAUGACUCCCCACCUUUAUUGCUGCCUCUCAGUCAGAGGAAGCUGAAACAUUGAGACUACAAAACCAUGGCCUCCUUUGGAAAGGUCUGGUUGAUAUGGCUCCUUAUGGGCUGCCACCUAGGAACUCGAGGUGUGUUCCUGGGAUACUGGUUUUGUACAGUCCUUUGGCACACCUCUGUUCUGUUGACUUUGUCCCCUAAUCGUGAGUACAGGGGAAUAUCCACCUAUGUUCUCAUCUUGGCCACUGCCUCCUCACUAAGCUCUUCAAUUCAUCUGAUAAACUGAAGAAAUUAGGGGCCAGUCACCAAGCUGCCCAUUUCAGUUGGUUCACUCAACUUGUUGAGAAGAUAGUUUUUAAGUGACAUGAUAUGAUCUACAUGACUUUCCUCCUCUGAUUUUUGUUGAUAUUAAUAGCCAAAUGAACUUGCAAAACAGCUUCUUUAAAUAACAAGGGAUAGGGGAACCUAAGAUGGGUGAUAUACCAAUCUAUGACUGCUGCACAAAACUAAAGCCAACAGGUUCUCUUACUGGGGUAGGAUAGACAAAUUCUGGUUGAUAUUUGUUUUGACACUAUUUGUUUUAUGUAAGUUCACAGGAUCACUUUUAGCUGUUUUAAAAAGAAAAAAAAUCAACCACGCUUCAUUUAAACUAGAUUACCUUUCAGUAGUUCCUUUACAUCUGUUUUGAAAUUAUUUUCAUCUUUUGUGGCAUGUGUAUUCAAUUUUAUCAUUCUAAUACUUCCUGUAAAUACUAUAUGCUCUCCUUUUCAUUUCUGGGGCUAUCAAAAUUUUCAUCUGUAUGGAUUUCCCAAUUGUGACUCUUGUCUUUAUGAAUAUAUGUUUUGUAACUGCUAAAGCCAAAAAUCAAUGAAACAGCAGUGUAAGUAAUUAAAAGCAUAAACAACUGGAUUACUCCAAAUCUCCCAAUGGCAAGACUAGGGAAAAAUGGCCUGAACAAGGAUUUAGGCCUACUGUUUUUGCACUGGAGUUUCAAUGAGCAAAGGAAAUUUUAGCUUGUCUUUGUCUCCCACAGAUGAAGGGGGGAUAUUUUUUCCUUUGGCCAUUAAUGUUCCAGCCAGUGUAAUUGACUAAUUGACACAAGUCACAUUUUGCAUGCACUCUGUUCUACAAACAGAGUUGAUGUGGUUGUUACACUGUGCUCACCCUGAAGGAUUGGCUACCCAUACCCACUCACCUGGUGAGUUUGAAGAUCUUCAUCUUCACUCACCAGAUGAGUCAAGGGGACUAUCUCCAAAGAGGUUUGUAGUACUCAAUGGGGAUGGAGAGUGAGGAAGAGAAAAAGAAUGAGCACCAGUGAGAAGGCUCUGUCUGUGCUGGGCAGCAGACAGCUGCCAAGGUCACAAACUCUGUGGUGAAAGAAAAGAGUCGUGUGGCAAUUUCAGCUCUCGUUCAUUGGGCAGCUUGCCUAGGCCUGGCCUCUGAGUUGAAAUGUGGGUUGGGUUCUUUGUUCCAUUGCUUUUCUAUGCCACAGACAGUAUCUUUGUUCUUGGAGAGUUCAUUAUUUUUUUAAUGAGAAAGGGAUUUUUGAAGGAUUCUGUCAUAUAACUUUGAAAAAGAAAAACAGUAAUACAUAUAUUUUUAUAUAUGUUCACUGACACUAAAAAGUGUCGGGGGGAGCUUCAAUCUGUCCUUUGGAUAUUUGCUGAGAUGAUUGUCCAGGUUGAGAAAUAAUAUGCUGAUGCUAGAGUACCUCUCUGCCAUACUCUACUUCUAAAUACAUAUAUGCAUAUAUAGCAAGAAGUAUUCUAUUUGUACUUCAAGAGAAAGUAGGUCCACCAUCCACAUGAUACUGACACUACACAAAUGACAUAACUUUAAGCAUCAAGUAGCUUUUAAGUGCUCAUUUUAUUAGGCACAGCACAGGCAUGGCUUUGCCCUCUUUUCUCCUUUGAUAUUCAACACAGCACAAAAGACCAGGCCACUCCCUCUACCCUCUCCCAGUCUUGUGCUACAGGGUUGUACUUCAUGAGACUCUCUUCAGACAGCCCAAUAACUAUCCCUGCAUAGUCCCUGCAUGGCCCUGGGAAAACAAGAGGUUGACUACUAGUUGUCAUAUACCAGUUGCCUAAGUAAGAGGGCACUGGGCCAACGGAGUGACCUUCAUGCUCAACCACCUAUAGGGGUCAUGGAAAUCAGGGAUGCUAAAACAUAGGAUCCAACCCCAAACUUAAGUCAAAAUAAGCCAUUUAGCAUGUGCAAUUUCUUGUAAAAGGAAGUUUCUACCCCCACUGCCUUUUAUAGGCAGGUCUAUUCUCACCACUAAUCUCUUGGAAAAAUCUUUGAAAGCAGUUUAAAAAAAGAGACAAAGAGAUGAAAACAUCACAUUAUGUAACCAAAGAUUACACUGUAUCUGCUAAGAUACCAAAUUUUUUAAGGGCAGGGAGGGAACAAGAAUUAGUGCCUCUUUGGUAAGCUAUCCAAAGACAGACUAAAGGACUUUGCUGGUGACUGACUUAUAAGAGUUCUGUGGGGUUACCCCACACACAAUAUAUACAUUUAGAAGAGUGGAAGAUAAUUUUGAAAAAAAAAAUGGGAUUAUGGGUCCUUCACUAAGUGAUUUUUAUAAGCAGAACUAGCUUUCCUUUUCUCUAGUAGUUGCUGAGCAAAUUCUUAAAGCUCCAUCAUUGCAUGAUUGGAAAUGGAGCUGUCUUGGCCACUGUAUUUUCUAGUGCCGAUGUUAGCAUAUCUGAAGAUGUGAAGCCCUUACUGAGAAGGGGAGCAUAUAAAGGACUAGAUUUUGCACUAGAGGGGACAGCAGGCAGAAAUUCUCAUUUCUGCCCACUUUGAAUGGCACAAAAAAGUUCUCUGCAUUUUAAGGCAGAAGGUUGAAAUAUAUUGUAAAUGAGUAUUUGUAUCCAUGUUUUCAAAACUGAAUUAUAUAUAUAUAGAUAUAAUGUGUUCUUAUAGCUUUAUCUUUCUCUGCACCUUUAUAUUUGGUUCCAGGUCAUAAUUGAUACCAUGUACUUGUGAGAGAGGCCACAGCUACAUCUUGGAAGCUCUCUCAGAAUUGAAAAGACACCUGGGUUGAUCAGAUAACUAAGAGAUAUCUGCUUCUAUUGAGGCCAGACCCACAGGCCUUGCAAAGGAGCUGAGGGGGGAAAAGGGUAGGGUACAUGAUGUAUUGCACUUUACUAGCCCAAGACAGAUGAAUGUGUAAAGGGUGGCGAAGUCUCAUUGGAACUUAUUGGGAUUUACCAUGGAGAAGGCCCAGACUUGUGGCCAAAGGCCAACGCAAAUAAUUAGCCAUUGGCCCUCUAAUGGGACCUGUGCAGUUGAAAGAAGGAAGGGUAUUUUUUGUUCAUUGCCAUCCUUGUGAGAAAAGGGCAGUUUCCUGCACUUGGGAACCUGGAGCAAGUGCUCCAUUUCAAACAAUUCACUCACCUGCGAUUGAGGUGCUCUUGCUACUGGGUGUCUAUGUGCUCUAAUUCUGAUUUUGGAUAUGUUCUGUAAAGAUUUUGACAAUGAAAAUGUGUUUUUCUCUGUUAAAAAAUUAUUAAUGUAUUAGAAGUAGUAUCUCUGUAGGUACAGGUCCAUCUCUGCCCACAGGUAGGGAUGUUUUUCUUCAAUUAAGAGAUUGACACUGGGGUCUGUUGCCCAGAGCCUCCCAAUUCUUAACCGUUUCUAGGUGAAGGCAGAAAAAUCCACAUUAGUCACUUCUCUUCAGAUACUUCAGCUGAGGUAAAAACAAAACAAAACAAAACAAAAACAAAAACAAAAAAACAAAAAAAAACCACUUGGAAUGUUCCUCCCCACCCCCCCAAAAAAAAAUGAGUGGUAAAAAAUUUAACAGUUAGAGUCUUAAAGGGAAAAAUAGCUUUUGACUCAGCUUUGACCCCCUAUUAGAUUUGGCCAGGAAACAGUUAAUAUGCAUCGAUUGGUUUCCAGCCCUAAUUCAGUAUAGCAGAGGUGCUGGUUCUCUUCCUUAUGCUACUUCUCUCUUAGCUUUUUAUGGAAUUAAAUGACAAGCUCUGGUCUCAGUAGCCCUGUGACCUAAAACAGUUCCCAUAUGCACUAUUUAACAAGGCUAUCAUGAGCUACAAAUUCCACUGGCCACCCACCAAAGACUUGUCCUUACACACGUCCCGAAGGAAAGACAAUUCUGAAAUGCUGCUGUUUCUCUGGUGGUGCCGUCUCGGGCCGAUGUUUCACAUUUUGGAACUCUGUUCCCUGCACAGCAUAUAGGCCGGCCUGCAGUCUCUUCCAACUUUAGCCCUUGGUGCUAAUUGUCCUGCAGUGAAGUGCCUGUGGGAUUGCCCUAUCCCAUAAGCCACUCAGGUGCUGAGAGUAGCCACCAUCGGGAUGACUCAAGCUAAAAAAAAAAAAAAAAAAAAAAAAAAAAAAUCCCCUCACCACUCAGUGACACCUUUCUGCUUUCCCCUAGAGUGGAACAUUGAUUAGGGAGUGCCUUGGACAUAACAUUCUUAUGCUGUCCUUCAGAUUAAUUUGGCAGCAGGAGGGAGCAGACUAUGUAACCAGAUGUAAGAACUAAUUUUAAUGUUGAGUGAUAAAAAUUAAAGAAAUCAUAUAAAGAUUUUUAAGGAAACAUUAAUUUUGCUUGAAUCUUCUUUUGAUGGGGCUUCAGUUCUCACAGAAGUACUUGGCCUGCACUGGGCAGCAGGACCAGCCCCAAACGCUAGUGUUCUAUUCUCUUUUUGUAAUCUUGGAAUCUUUUGUUGCUCUAAAUACAAUUAAAAAUGGCAGAAACUUGUUUGUU